UUUUAACUGUGUUUUUGAAGGUAGAUGAAUAAAAAUACACGGUAUCGUAACUUAAACAUGGUUUGACCUCUUUGUUUUAUUUAAAAGCAUAAAAUUACAAGACCGGUCGUAGUAGAUGCCCAAAAAGUUCUAUUAAAUGUGUGGAGUGAACUAAAAUGAAACUGUAUCCACGAAUUUUUUCUUCAGCCGCAGCCUUCGCUUUAACUUGUGUAGUAUUCGCAGCAGCCUAUUUCUAUAAAAGUCGAAACACAGAAUUAAAUGAAGUCAUGGUGUUUUGUAAAUUACAUUUAAAUGCCUACAAUUGUUUCGAUAAAUUAAUGAGUUUCAUAGAAGCAGCGAAGCAUAACAUUAAAGUUUGUAUGCCUGGGAUACACAAUGUAGCAAUACAAGGACGCUUAGUUGAAAUGCUGAAAAAGAAAAAUAUCAAGAUUUCAAUUGUAAUAGAUCAGUCCGGGUGCAACGAACCAAAUGAUGUCUUCAUAAAGGAACUUUUAGAUGCUGGUGCAGUAAUCAAGUACAUUAAUACAGAACCGUAUACAAUGCAACAUAAAUUCUGUUUGAUCGACGACAAAGUUUUAAUGACAGGUACACUAAACUGGGGAAACGAUCGAUCGUCAGAUCACUGGAACUACGUCUACAUUACAAGCAAGCCAAAGCUAGUUGAACCAGUCAGCAAAGAGUUCAAAUAUAUGUGGCUCAGUUCAAAAGAUUUGAACUAUUCCCAGUUUGAUAGCAAACCUAUCAACGAAGAUGAGUGUUGUAACACAGAAGUCGUUAAUCUUACAGAAAACUAUAAAUCAGUCCCGUUUGGAAAUAAAGAGACGCUGACUUCUGAAAUAUGCAUAGUGUAAUUUUAGUACUGGCUACAUUUGGACCUAAUUCAAAAAUAACAUUUUGUACGCAUGCGAAGCAAGUAACUGUGAGGGCUGACUAAUUUUAUAAAAAUCGCUUGGAUUUAAACUAUGAUUUUAACAAUAACAUAUUUUACAAGUGUUCUGUCGUCAGAAACAUGCCUUUGAAUUUUGAAUUCAAUUUUAAAAUGGAAAGACUAGGUAUAGUAGUUUGCGAUUGUAGACUGAUUUUAUUUUAUUUGUUUUUUAAUUAAUAAUACACGGGCGAAGCUGGCCUUUGCCAUCUUUCCAUGUCCUCUUACUAUAUUUCUACUUAAAUCUUAAAUUUUCAAUUAUAGAAACUACUUUUUAGAAGAAAAGUGUUUCUACAUUCUUUAAUUUUCGUCAUUUUAUUUUUCUACAUUAUGUGUCACUGCAUUUUCUAUUUUGCCUUUUUAUCUUCAUAAAACUUAUUUAGGUCAGCUUUGAAAUUUUAAUUUGUUUUAAUAUUUUUAAUGUAGUUAUUUAUUCAUGUUUUUGUAUCAUAAAAUUAAAUAUUCGAAAUUUGAACUUA